CUGGGACCCCGGCUAACUGCAUGGCAUCUCCUGGAACAUGCUGAAUCCUUAAGGUCCCUGCCUGGGGUGUUCCCAUGGCGACGCGGUGGUGGCAGCUCUGUGUGUGCAGCCUGGGAAUCCUCCUCCUGGCGCCCUGUUCUCUCUCUGAGAAGUUCUCCUUGGCUGGCUCUCCACGCCCCGUGGUGGGGGUAGUUGGUCGGGAUGUGGUGUUACCCUGCCAGCUCUCACCCCCGGCCCGUCUGCCCAGCAUGGUAGUAUUGUGGAGGAAAAUUGGAACAGUAUUUAUCACGGUUCACAAGUACUCGGAUGAGAGUUCCCAGGACCUGCCAGGGGAUGGUUACCAGACCCGGACGGAGCUGUUCCUCAAGGAGUUCAGCAGUGGGAACGUCUCCCUGAAGCUGAAAGGGCUCCAACUGGCAGAUGCUGGGACAUACCAUUGCUUUGUGAAGAACUCAGAAUGGAGCCAGGAAGCCACCACUGAGCUACGAGUCGCAGCUGUGGCUCCAGUGUUCAUUGAUGUGCUGGGCCCCCGGGGUCAGGGGAUCGGACUGGCCUGUAGAUCUGCAGGCUGGUUCCCCAAACCUGAACUCCAGUGGGUUGGAAAGAACUGGACAGGGACAACCUCUAUAGUGUUGUGA